AAGGCCCCCAAGCCCGACAACACCUCCCUUGAAAAACUGGUAGAAAGCUUGGAUAUUUCUCCUUCUUUUCUUGUUCUAGGACUGAAAUUGAACCCAUAAUUCUUCCCCUUGCAGAGAAAUUCCAGAUCUGCUCGGUUUCUCCCCCUCCCCUUUCAGUGAGCUGCAGCUUGUGAUGCGAUUUUUGGGCUUUUUUCGAUAAGCAACAGCCAUUAAAUUCUCUGUUUUUCCUUGAAUUGGCUUGGGUUAACUUUGAUUUCUCUUGGUUCUCCAAUUUUUGGGAUAGAUCCCGAAUUACUCCCCAAAUUGCCACCGGCCUUCCCUUAGCUUGCAACUCUGGUUUGCUUGCUGGAAUUUUGAACGUUUGGAUGUGAUUUCUGUUUUCCCAAACAAGCCGAGGAAACUGCACACAACUCAUUCAUGGGAAUUUUUGAGAUUGAAAAGAGACGGGAUUAUUCCUUCGGAAGCAAUCUGGAAGAAGGCAAGGUUUGGGAAAGACACCAUCAUUGGCAACCUUGAUACCGGUGUUUGGCCGGAAUCGAGGAGCUUUUCGGAUGAAGGUUAUGGGCCCGUUCCAUCAAGGUGGCGUGGAGUCUGUCAAAGUGGAAAUGGAGAUAAAUUCCAUUGCAGCAGGUCCAUUCUUUACACUGCACUUCUUCCACUGUGCACUCGCAUGCCAAGUGUGCGUUUACGGGUCAUUAGUCUAUCAAGCGAUUUGUUCAGGAAACAUUGUUAUGAAAUCAGUCCCCAAACUUCUCUUAACAGUACAAGACCUUAACUAUGAAGUUCUUCACAUUUAAGGACUAAACUUCUAAUAUUUUUACAUUUAAGGAUAGAUAUGUUUCAUUUUUACUCGUGACUCUGAAAAUACUCAAAAACAUGUUUUCUUAUAAAGGUAUACAAGUUUC